CAUGCCCUGUUGCAUAUCUUGUAAUUACUCCCAUUACUAUCCAUAGGAUCUAGGUAUGCGUGGAGUACGUGGUGGGUUGCCCCUUGGGAGAGGGAUUGAGUCCCUUUCAUUCCAUUCCUCUCCUUCCUGGUUGUGCUCCCUCGUCCUUCUCUCCACUGCAUCGCUCUCUACAAUCUGUCGCGUUCCCUCACCUCGUAUGAGAACAUCGUGAAAGAUGUUGCUGGGAUAUCUCUCUGUUGGGCUGUUCCUGACAACGGUCGGCGCAAACAAUAUCGCCCAUCUGGUGGGGACUUGGACCACCAAGUCGCGCAAAGUGAUUACCGGUCCGGGAUUCUAUGACCCGAUCAACGAUGAACUCUUGGAACCUGAUUUGCCCGGCAUCUCAUACUCGUUUACCGAUGAUGGUCACUAUGAAACGGCUUACUAUCGCGCCAUUGCCAAUCCCCAGGACCCCUCGUGUCCGAAAGGCAUCUUGCAAUGGCAGCACGGGACCUUUACCAUGGAUAAGAGCGGAGCCCUCCAUCUGACCCCAUUUGCGGUGGAUGGGCGCCAGCUCUUGUCCGAUCCCUGCUCUUCUGACCAUGGCGAAUAUACGCGAUACAAUCAGACGGAGAAAUUCAAUUCAUUCAAAGUAGCGGUUGAUCCCUAUCACAAAAUCCAGCGUCUUGACCUCAAGUCUUUCGAUGACUCCCCGAUGCAUCCAAUGUAUCUGGUCUACCGCCCACCGGAGAUGCUUCCCCCAAUGACCUUGAAAGCCGUGGGAAAGAGAAAACGGGAUGUUUUGAGAGAUGGUGUCUCGUCCCCCAGCUUACUUACCCAGGGAAACUUGAUCGACCCUAACCGGUGGCUGUGGUUUGGUGUGUUUGCCAGCGCUUUGGGUGGUAUAGCCCUGAUCUAUUCGUGAUUGGAAACCAGUUGAGACAAUUAAGACAACAUCUUGAAGGCGUUUCAAUUCAGAGGUUGGAUGUAUUGAGACGAAAUGAGGUCACCGCCGGCGAGAUUGCAUAUGGAACGGUGUUAGGAUGCUUUGCGGGUUUCUCAGUUGCGAAUAAAUUUGCUUCCCUCU